AUGAUGUACAACGAGAGUAGUAAUUUUUAUAGCAUAAGUGCGUAUGCUGAAAUAUUAGAGGAUUUUAAGAACGAUCCUGAAAGUCAAGGUGGGCCACCUGAUUGCAUUCUUCUUUGCCAGCUUCGUGAUCAAGUCCUUAGGCAAGUGGGAUUCAAAGAUAUAUUCAAGAAGGUUAAGGAUGAAGAAAAUACAAAGGCAAUAUCCUUAUUUGAGGAUGUAGUUCAUCUUAAUGAUGCUAUAGAGAAUGAUGCCAAGCAUCUUGCAGAGUUAUUCUCAAAGGAUGGAAUAUCCUUUCUCGCUAGUUGUCAAAAUCUUGUCUCUCGACCUUGGGUAGUUGAUGAUUUGGACACUUUUAUAUUAAAAUGGGGCAGGAAAUCUUGGAAAAAGGCUGUCAUUUUUGUGGAUAAUUCUGGUGCUGACAUAAUAUUGGGCAUAUUGCCAUUUGCGAGAGAGUUACUCCGCCAUGGGACACAGGUUAUGUUGGUAGCUAAUGACUUACCUUCUAUCAAUGAUGUAACUUAUCCUGAACUAAUUGAGAUUAUUUCAAAGUUGACGGAUGAGCAUGAGCAUCUUGUCGGCAUUGCUAUUUCCAAUCUUCUGAUUGCGAACUCUGGCAAUGAUUUGUCAGUUAUAGAUCUUAGUUGA